AUGAAUUCAGAUUUUAGCACCGGCUUCAUACAAGGGAUCGAUGUGAAAACGAAUGGGAACACGAGCGGAAUCGCUUUCAUGGGAAUUCCCCUAGCCGAGCCACCGAUCGGAGCGCUUCGCCUUGAGAAACCGAUGGCCGCAUCGAGUUGGGAAGGUGUUCUCUCGGCCGUUCAGUACCGUAAUGCAUGUCUUUCUGAUCCAGUAAGAACCUAUAAACGAAAUGAUGGAGGUCCUGUGUCAGAAGACUGUCUCUACGUGAACGUGUUUACAAAUCGACGUUGUCUAGUGAAGGGCGGAUGCGCAGUGCUUGCUUUGAUUCAUGGUGGCCGCUAUACAAUGGAGUCACCAGUUUCUUUCUCCCCACAAAUCAUCGUCAAUAACUUUCCUGGGCAGGAUAGAGAUGUGAUUGUGGUCGGUUUACCGUAUCGCCUCGGUUUCUUGGGCUUUUUCAAUUUGCCUCACUCGAGCGUUCCACAAAAUCUAGCAAUAUACGAUUUGAAACUCGGUUUGGAAUGGAUUCAACGAGAAAUUCAGAACUUUGGCGGUGACCCGAGACGAGUGACCAUCUACGGGCACUCAGCCGGCGCACAAAUUGUCGAUCCGCUCUCGAUGAGUCCACAAUUUGAGGGUCUUUUCUCGGCGGUCAUUUCACAAUCAGGCAACGCUGCUCAUCGGGAUACGAAUUUUAAAAUUGGUCAAGUGGCCUCGAAAAGAAUCAUCUAUAUUCUUGGAUGUGCGGACGAGUCAACGAAUGAUCUCACAAAACGUCAUCUUGUACGAAAAGCUCUAAAAUGCGUCCGUGAAAAGAGUUCAUCCGAAAUUCUGGAAGCACAAAUUCGACUCAAUGAUUACAUCGAAGAUUACACGGGGAUCAGCAUUGAUGAUUUCUUCUUUCCCGAGCCACUUGCUGAGCUGGCUGUGAAGCGGAGAAAAAUCCCGACGCUCGUUGGGACGGUCACCGGUGAAAUGGAUUCGACCAAAUUUGUUGAAAAGGCAAACGGUUUACCAAAUCGUGAGGAUCUUAGCUGGAUUUGUCGAGUUUUUACUUAUGGAUGGAGUCUCGAGAGACCGGAGCUUGCUGCACAAAAAUGUGUUCAAGAAUAUUCUCAAGUGAAUCGAAGCCGUCAUCUUUAUGAUGAUAGUUCUUUCUUCAGCUCAACCAUCGACUUUGCGUUGAGCCAAAUCGGUUCACGGAACAAAGAGGUUUAUGUGUACAGUUAUGCGUACUCUGGCGCGGGUCGAGCUUACAACGCCUACCAAAAGGAUCGAAGCGAUAGCCCUUUACAUUCGGAGGAUUAUAUUUAUGUAUUUGGUCUACAUCGUGGCGAGUUUGUGGAAAAAGACUAUGAAGUGGAAAGGGUUUAUACAGGUAUCAUCGCGAAUUUCGUCAAACACCACAAUCCAUCUUUUGAAGGAAUCGCUUUUCCACAAUUCACUCAAGAAAAUUUUGAGCACUUGAGAAUUGAUUUCGAUGAAAACGGGAAAUUCAAUGGCGCUCCGGCACUCAACUAUUACAAGAGAGAAUACGAGUUUUGGGAUUAUAAAAUGAAAAGUAUUGGAGGAAAGCGAAAAUCACUGCAAAAUCCACCACCAGGCUUUGACAAUUUCGACUUUUCGGCAGCGUGUAAAGCGUUAGAAGUGAUGAGACCUGGAUAUUCAAAAGACGAUAAAAGCAUCGCUUCAGUUCAGAAAAGUUUCAUCAUCUGGAACGCGUUUUUAGAGAAAUCACAAGAGAGAUACGUGUUUGAGGCCGAGUCUCGGAGUUUGAUCACAAAAGAGCAAGAGAUCUCUGAAGAGAACGCAAAACCACUAAUGCUUUCCACUUACCUUCUGAUCGGCGGGAUUUUGAUGUUGCUCGCGAUUUUGCUCGUCUCGAUCAUGAAAUUCAUCCAAUACCGCAAAAGAAACUCGUAUCAAGAAAUU